GCUUCAUGUGGGGCUGCGGCCCGCGCAGCCGGCGCCUCGCUGACCGAACGGACCACCGGUAACCGGAGACCGCCUGCCCCCCACCCCCGGCGCCAAAGGAUAUCGUAUGUUCAGGUCCAAACGCUCGGGGCUGGUGCGGCGACUUUGGCGAAGUCGUGUGGUCCCCGACCGGGAGGAAGGCGGCGGCGGCGGCGGCGGCGGCGGCGGCGGCGGCGAGGAUGGGAGCUCGGGCAGCCGCGCUGAGCCGGCCCCGCGGGCACGAGAAGGCGCAGGCGGCGGCCGCUGCGAGGUCCGCCCGGUAGCCCCGCGGCGGCCCCGGGACGCGGCGGGACAGCGAGGCGCCCAGGGCGCGGGGAGGCGCCGGCGCGCAGGGGGGCCCCCGAGGCCCCUGUCCGAGCCGGGGGCCGGCGCCGGGGGCUCCCCGCGGGACGUGGCGGAGCCGGGAGGCCCGGGCUGGCUGCCCGAGAGCGACUGCGAGACGGUGACCUGCUGCCUCUUCUCGGAGCGGGACGCCGCGGGCGCGCCGCGGGACGCCGCCGAGCCCCCGCCCGGGGCGGCCCCGGAGGCGGCGGGCGGCGGGCGGAGCCGCGAAGCCCGCUCGCGGCUGCUGCUGCUCGAGCAGGAGCUCAAGACGGUCACGUACUCGCUGCUGAAGCGGCUCAAGGAGCGCUCGCUGGACACGCUGCUGGAGGCGGUGGAGUCCCGCGGCGGCGUGCCGGGCGGCUGCGUGCUGGUGCCGCGCGCCGACCUCCGCCUGGGCGGCCAGCCCGCGCCGCCGCAGCUGCUGCUCGGCCGCCUCUUCCGCUGGCCCGACCUGCAGCACGCCGUGGAGCUGAAGCCCCUGUGCGGCUGCCACAGCUUCGCCGCCGCCGCCGACGGCCCCACCGUGUGCUGCAACCCCUACCACUUCAGCCGGCUCUGCGGGCCAGAAUCACCACCACCCCCCUAUUCUCGGCUGUCUCCUCGCGACGAGUACAAGCCACUGGAUCUCUCUGAUUCCACAUUGUCUUACACUGAAACGGAGGCCACCAACUCCCUCAUCACCGCCCCGGGUGAAUUCUCAGACGCCAGCAUGUCUCCGGAUGCCACCAAGCCGAGCCACUGGUGCAGCGUGGCCUACUGGGAGCACCGGACCCGCGUGGGCCGCCUCUACGCGGUGUACGACCAGGCCGUGAGCAUCUUCUACGACCUACCUCAGGGCAGCGGCUUCUGCUUGGGCCAGCUCAACCUGGAGCCGCGCAGCGAGUCGGUGCGCCGCACGCGCAGCAAGAUCGGCUUCGGCAUCCUGCUCAGCAAGGAGCCCGACGGCGUGUGGGCCUACAACCGGGGCGAGCACCCCAUCUUCGUCAACUCCCCGACGCUCGAUGCACCCGGUGGCGGCCGCGCCCUCGUGGUGCGCAAGGUGCCCCCCGGCUACUCCAUCAAGGUGUUCGACUUCGAGCGCUCGGGGCUGCUGCAGCAGGGGCCUGAGCCCGACGCCGCCGACGGCCCCUACGACCCCAACAGCGUGCGCAUCAGCUUCGCCAAGGGCUGGGGGCCCUGCUACUCGCGGCAGUUCAUCACCUCCUGCCCCUGCUGGCUCGAGGUCCUCCUCAACAACCACAGAUAGUGGCGGCCACCGAGGCAGCGGCCUGCCCCCCCCCCCGCCCAGAGACACAGCCCCCCUUCCCUCCACGGACGAGACCCUCCUCCCCUCCCCUCCCCCAAAUAUCAUCUACCUAGAUUUAAUAUAAAGUUUUAUAUAUUAUAUGGAAAUAUAUAUUAUACUUGUAAUUAUGGAGUCAUUUUUACAAUGUAAUUAUUUAUGUAUGGUGCAAUGUGUGUAUAUGGACAAAAGAAAGACGCACUUUGGCUUAUCAUUCUUUCAAUACAAAUAUAUUUUCUCUCCUCUCCUUCUUCUUCCUCUGCUUUAUUAUUAUUAUUAUUAUUAUUAUUUGUUGUUGUUGUUGUUUUUGGUCUUGUUUUUGUUUCGUUGUGUGUGUGUGUGUGUGUGUGUGUUUUGGUUUUUGGUUUUUUUUUUUAAAGGAAAUGAUACAGCAGAGCUAGGUGGAAGAGCCUGGGUUUGGUGUAUGGUUUUUGAAAUCUCAUGCCCAGACAAAAAAACAAACAAAAAACAAAAACUAAUACCAGUCACUUGUUGAUAAUAAAGUAUUCGCAUUAUAGCUUUUUUUUUUUUUUAAAUGUCUUCUUUUUUAACAAAGAGGGGGCAUGCAGGGCUUCAGUGAGUUUCUGGCCUAUGGAUCCAGCAUCCUGAAACUUGAUUUCAGUCUUUUACCAGGUAAAGAGUAGAGGUGAUAGAUUGAGAAGGAAGGAAGCGCAUGUGUUUACUGUCAAGGUCGGAGAAGGUUCUGAUGCGCCCUCCUGCCAUGGCCCCACUGUGUCCUCAGGAUUGGGGCAGGGGGCUGGGGGGUGGGGGGAGCUAACCCAUCCUGGGUAGUAAGCUCUGCCAGUUUGAUGGAGGAGGCUCAGGUCCAUGCCUCCCAUCUCUGAACUGUGCACAAGCCAGAGGACAUUACCUCUCACCACUCUGGGGAAAUGGCCUGAGAAAGAAAGACAGGUCCUUGAGCCCACCUGCCACCUUCAAAAAACCCACCCGAGUCCCAGGGUGAAGCUCCUUUGGGACCUAGACAAACCACUCUCCCACCCCUCACCAAAGAGCUCAGAACUAGGCCAUGGGGGUUGUAUUUAGGAUUCACACAAAGGCAGGUUGUUUCUUUCUACUCUAUAAAAGGGAAGAGAGUUGAGAUUCUGGAAGAGCAAAUGACUAGUUCAUAACAGAUCAGGGUUAGAAGUCACAUUUAAUGGUAGGACCAGAGCCAUAUUAAAGCAGUUUUCUCUCUUGAGAAAACUCAAAAAAAAAAAAAAAAAAAAGGCUGCCUUGGCCAGAUAACUAAGGGGAAUGUUACAUUGUAUAUCUUCUUUCUUGGAGAUUUACAUUAGCAUAUUAAAUGCUCUGAGAAGUCGUGUGUAUUAUCUGUCGCUGCGUAAUAAAUCCUCCUAAAACGGAGCAGCUUGAAACUGA